AUGACCGAAGAUUUUACGGGUAUGGAACGACACGAGGAUGGUGCUGACCCAGCAUGUUUGGGAAGUGAUGGCCGUCCCGCUCUGGUUGCUGCAGUGCUAAACGGGCAUCAUGAUGUCAUUCCUGUGCUGGUGCAGAGAGAAGAUGAUGUUAACCACGCAUCUGGACCGCUGAAUAACACGGUGCUGCAUGAGGCUGCAGCUCUGGGAAACGAAGGUCUGAGGAGCGCUGAGAUACUCCUGGGGUGUAAUGCAAGUAUCAGAAAGCAGAACAAUCAUGGACAGACGGCGUAUGAUAUGCUGUGGCCGCCGGGAGAAGGUCUGUGGUCUCUCUGAUGGCAGCUCACAUGGGACAGGAUCUGCUACAGCGCCACACCAAGGCCAGGAGCCCAUCUGGACUGGAUACGUUCUCUUGAGACAAUCCACAUCUUAACCAAUCCAAAUCUCAACUGACAUAUUCAAGUGAAAGUAUUGAUUAUUAAUUAUAUAUUUAUGUCAUAUACAUUUAAAAUGCACCAUGGAAGCUUGGUACCA